AUGAGCAUGGUUCAUAACGAUGAUGAAAAGUAUAACCCCUUCAAGACAACCCUACCUCGUACCUAUCCACCUGUGCCUGAUACUGCAACCCACUGUAGUACUAGACCCAUCACAGACAACAUGUUAUUCCGACUUCAUCUCCACGGUGGCCGGAAGCGCGUGAUUCCUCAUGUCGAGGGUAACUGGCCUACACACAUCUAUCUUGAAUGGUAUCCGUCCAAACAAGAGCUGCGCGUCCUCGAAGAUGUCGUAUCGCAACUGGAGGGUAUAUGUUCGAAAAGCUGCGUGAAGAUACACAGCCUACUUCGAAGUGACCUUGGCGUGCAAUUACCGCUCCACAUUAGUCUUUCUAGGCCGGUUGUGCUUCGAACUGAACAACGCCACUCUUUUUUGGAGCUGUUCCAAUCUAGCCUUGAAGGCUCUAACAUUCCAGUGUUUGAUGUUUCCACGGAGAGUCUUCGUUGCGUCUCUAACUACGAAAAGACGCGAUGGUUCUUCGUUCUACGGGUGAAAAAGCCAGAAUCAGAUAGCUUGAACCGCUUGUUGAAACUUUCGAACCGCUCGUUGGCUCGGUUUGACCAGCCACCAUUGUACGAGGGUUCGCGAUCGAAUGAGGCUAAAGGACGACAACACCCUUCGAACAGUCAGGAUAGUCGUGCGGACUAUUCAGACUGCUUCCAUAUCUCUAUUGCGUGGAGCUUGACAGCCCCGUCAGCUGAAGAUACAGAGCGGCUCGCGAACCUGGACCUUCAAAAUCUAAGCGGUCUCCGCAUCGGCUUUGACUGCGUGAAGGCAAAGAUUGGUAAUAACAUCACGAGUAUACCGCUGUCGACUGGGGUUGUGGGAUGA